UUCUUCUCACCACCACCAUCUCUCCACACACAUCAACGACAAGCUUUCCUGCUUGCUUAAAUUCACGCUGACCCCAAUCUAAUCCCAAUCACAACCGCCCACCACAAAUCACCGCUCAAGAUGGCCGAGAAGGAGAAACAGGAGGACUACCGCGUCGAAAUCGGCGAUGACAAGCGACCAUACUCUCCGGUGCGAGGGUCGACAACACAGGCGCCGUCACCCCCGGCUGGGCCUUCCGUGGCCAUCAUGAGUUACUGCGUUGCCAGUAUUCUCAUGACCCUGACGAACAAAUAUGUCUUGUCCGGCAUCGAUUUCAACCUGAACUUCAUGUUGUUGGCUAUCCAGAACAUCAUCUGUGUUGUCGCCAUCCAGACCGGAAAGUCGAUGGGAAUGAUCUCGUACCGGGAUUUCAAGAUGGACGAGGCGCGCAAAUGGUUCCCCAUCUCGCUGCUCCUGAUUUCCAUGAUCUACACCGGCUCCAAGGCCAUCCAGUUCUUGUCGGUCCCCGUCUACACCAUCUUCAAGAACUUGACAAUCAUCCUCAUCGCCUACGGUGAGGUCCUCUGGUUCGGCGGCUCGGUGUCGCGCAUGACCCUCUUCUCUUUCGGAUUGAUGGUCUUGUCUUCCAUCAUCGCUGCCUGGGCCGAUGUCAGUGCUGCCGUCAGCUCUUACGGCCACAGCUCCACCGAGACUGCCACCGCUCUGAGCACCCUCAACGCCGGUUACAUCUGGAUGUUGGUCAACUGCCUGUCGUCCGCCGCCUAUGUCUUGGGCAUGCGCAAGAGGAUCAAGUUGACCGGCUUCAAGGACUUUGACACCAUGUUCUACAACAACUUGCUCUCCAUUCCGGUUAUCAUCUUGUGCUCGCUCUUCCUCGAGGACUGGUCGCAGGCCAACAUCGACAGGAACUUCCCCCCGGCGCUGCGCUCUAACCUCAUGAUCGCCAUCCUCUUCUCGGGUCUUUCCUCGGUGUUCAUCUCCUACACCUCUGCGUGGUGUGUCCGUAUCACGUCGUCGACUACCUACUCCAUGGUUGGUGCGCUCAACAAGCUGCCCAUCGCCCUUAGUGGAUUGAUAUUCUUUGACGCGCCCGUCACUCUUCCUUCCGUCUCGGCUAUCGGAUUGGGCUUCGUCUCUGGUAUCGUCUACGCGAUGGCCAAGGUCAAGCAGCAGACCGUCAAGACCACCUCGCUCCCGCUCACGCAGAGCGCCAGCUCCGCCAGCAUGCGCGACGGCUUCAAGGCCUAAAUCUCAAGCCCAUAUCUCGGUGGUGGUCCUAUUAUAGAUUUGCAAACGGACGAAACAUGAUAUGAACUUGUUUUUCUUUU